CACUACAAGAUGAGUAUCGAAUUUCUCUGGUUCCUUGCAAAGGAAGCUUAGCUAAAUGGACUCCACAAGGGAUUUUCAUGAUUCAUAUACAGACUGCAUAGAUUUUCACUUUUUUUUUUUGGGGUUUCCUUUUCUGUCUUUUGAGUGGCAAUGCAAUUACCAAUUAGGGUGACAGAUAAGCAACCACAGAUACAGAGAAGAUUAAAUGGCAAUCAGCAUCAUUCCAAAAAAGAAAAGGGGAAUGAUACCCUAAUGUUCAAUGCACUGCCAUUUUUAUUUACUUAUUUAUUUUCUUAGAGAAGAACAAAAUUUCUUUGAAGAAAGAAUUUUUUGGUUUUUAGUUUUUACAAAUUGGGAACGUGGGGUUUUGUGGGAUUUCGCAGAGGAGAGAAGGAUGUGGUCGUUCAGCAGAAAGGGAGCGUCUGGGUUCUCAGCUUCUUCAACAGCAGAGGAAGUUACUCAAAGAAUUGAUGGCACUGGUCUUACUGCCAUUGUUACAGGAGCAUCAAGUGGUUUUGGCACUGAAACAACUCGUGUUCUUGCAUUGCGUGGUGUCCGUGUCAUUAUGGGGGUGAGGAAUAUGGCAGCUGGUAAAGAGGUAAAAGGGGCAAUAGUUAAGGAAAUCCCGACUGCUAAAGUUGAUGUCAUGGAGUUGAAUCUGAGUUCAAUGGAAUCUGUAAGGAAAUUUGGAUCAGAGUACAAUUCUUCCAGUAUUCCAUUGAACCUUCUCAUAACCAAUGCAGGAAUUAUGGCAGCCCCGUAUAUGCUUUUAGACAAUAUAGAAAUGCAGUUUGCAAAAAACCACUUAGGUCAUUUUCUUUUGACAAGCCUGUUGUUGGACACAAUGAAGAAAACAAUGCAGGAAAGUAGCAAAGAGGGAAGGAUUGUAAUUUUCUCCUCAGAGGCUCACUGAUUGACAUAUCGUGGAGGAAUUCGCUUUGAAAAUAUCAAUGAUAAAUCAGGGUAUAGCAGCCUAUAUGCUUAUGGCCAAUCAAAGCUUUCGAAUAUAUUGCAUGCUAAUGAGCUUGCACGGCGUUUUAAGGAAGAUGGGGUGAACAUGACUGCUAAUUCCCUCUACCCAGGAAUGAUUGUCACGAAUCUUUUCCGUCAUAGCAACAUUGUUACUGGAGUAGUUAAUAUCAGCUUAAAAAUGUUCAGCAGGGAGCUGCAACCACAUGCUAUGUGGCAUUACAUCCACAGGUGAAGGGGGUGAGCGGCCAAUAUUUUUCUGACUGUAACAUAGCCAAACCCACCGCACAGGCCAAAGACCCAGAAUUGGCCAAGAAACUCUGGGAAUUCAGCAUGAAUUUGAUCUCAGCCUGAUAUUGGUUAAAUAUUUUAUUUAUUUAGCAAUUAAGUGUAGUUGCCACUGACAUAAGAAUGGAGGUCAAUCUUUCAAGAAACUUUAAGUUUUCCAUUUUUGACUCAAUGAAGUUGGGACUUGGGCAUGGGUCGUCUCUUAAGGCUGUGAAAUAAUGCCAAUUUUGACUUUAAAUUGUGCUUAUAUGAAAUAUAACAAAUUGAUUUUCU